UCUUUCGAAGCUUACUGCACCACUCCUUUUUGCUUUGCUCCGGGACAGAUCGAGCGAGAUCCAGGAUGAACUCCCGGCCAGCGACCAUGGCGGAGGCCGCACCGCCUCCUCUCCUCGGCGGCCUCCCUGACGAGAUCGCCAUCUGGGAGAUCCUCGUCCGCCUGCCCCCCAAAGACCUCCUCCGCUGCCGUGCCGUCUGCCGUGCCUGGCGCUGCACCACCUCCACCCGCGACUUCCUCCUCACCCACCACGCCCGCCAGCCCUCCCUCCCUCUCUCCUACGUCAAAAAUUACGGCGGCGACCUUUUCACCCUAGACAUCAUCUCCUUCGACCACCAGGGAUGGGCCGCCACCCCCCAGACCGUCGCGCGACUUCGCCGCCAUAUCUUAAUUCCGAGGGUCUCCUGCGACGGCUUAAUCGUCUUCUGGAUAGAAUGCAAAGCUGGUCAACAACUAUUCAUCUGCAACCCGGCGACUCGUCAGUAUGGUUGCCUCCCGAUGCUUUUUGGCGGUCCCCUGUCCGCCGUGGGGAUGCCUUUUGGCGCUCCCCGACCCGUGGCCGUGGGGAUGUACUCACACAGCCCAACCGGCGAGUACCGACUACUAUUGCUGCAGAAAGCUGAAGCACCAGAUGGCUCCUCCCUCGUCUACACAUACGCUUUAGGCUCCAGCCAGCCGCCGUGGCACCUACACAUCGAAGGCCCCAAUUUGAACGAACUGGACUACGAGCACGAGGUCUGGGCUUUUAAAUACCGGGUUGAAAUACCGUAUGCGGAGCUCACCUUGCAGUUUGGAUUGUUUUACCCGCGUGAUUGUGUGGUGUUUACUUCUUGGGUUGGCGAUGUGGCAGUGCUGGUCCCGUUUGGCCGCUGGUUACUUCAGCUUGACGUGGGUGGCAAGCUGGUUGCCAGUUUCGAGGACAGCGGUGGACUCAUUGGUCAGCCAUAUCAGCUCAAGCAAACUCUUGUUCAGCAUACCUUCUUUCUUACACUAGAGGGUUAUGUUGUCAAUGGUUCGCCUUUCAUCUGAAGAGAAGAUUAUGUUGUGAACACGUAGCCUUUCAUCCGAGGGCUGUUGACUCUGGUGGUGCUGUCGUAUGUAUUAACCGGGUCCACUGUGAGCCCACUACCUGCUUUGCUAAUAUAUUAAAAAUAAUGAUGAAGAAGCUUGGAUUAUGUUAUAGCCGGCUUAGUUUAUAUCUGGAAGAG